AUGACAGAGAGAUUCAGAAAUUCAAUCUAUUCAUUCUCUCAAUUUGUUGAUCCCUCUGUCAGAAAUUCAUCAUCCAAACAUGAUAGUCUUGGUGAUGAAACCGAAAAAGGUGGUAAUGGUGUCAUAUCAAUCGACGAUAAUAAUAAUAAUAAUAAUAAUUUCAACAUUAAACAUAAAAGUGUGGAAUUAAACAAUAUAUUAUCAACAUCAAAAUCAACAGAUAGUUUUGCAAGUGAUGAAAAUAACAAGAGAAACAAAAGAUCAGCCAUGGCCAUUUCGACAUCAAUAUCAACCUCUUCCAACAUUACCAUCAACAAAACAAUUGGAGAACAACUAAGAGAAGAAGCCAUCAAUGAUCAGCUGACUGAAGGUUCCUAUGAAAGAUACUUUAAUACGAUUGCCUAUCGAAAGGUAGUUGUUUUGGUAUGUGCUGCCAUUGUUCUUCAAUUGGCUUUGACUGGUGCCACUUAUGUAAAGUUUGGAAAUUAUGUAUUUAUGCGUGAUGCAGCUGUCACAACUGAAUUGGCCACUACCAUCAUUGCAGCACUCACUGUCAUCUUUUUCCCAAAAUCUACAUCAAGAGUUCAAGUAGUCUAUCUACUUAUUCUACUUUUAACAAAUAAUAUGACUAGAUUAAUGUGGGAAGAUUGGUUUCCACCAUUUGAACCAUCAUAUCAAAUGUUUAUUUGGAUUAAUUUAUCAUUACCAACAGCGAAAUUUUCUAGAUCAAUUUGGACGGGGACGAUUGGUAUAGUUUCAAUUGUUAUCAUUCGUAUUGCUCAAGAGUAUGAUACAGUCGCCAAUGUCAUUGUUACGCAGGGUGGUGCCUACUUUUUGUACCAAGUGUCGGCAGCGUUUGGUCAAAGAAUCAUCGAGGUUGCUCAACGUUGUCUGUUCACCGAGUUGGUCAAUAUCGAUCCUUUCCGAUCACCAAUUGAACUCUACCAUAUCUUUCACCGUUUCUAUAUCAGUCAGUCGAGUAGACUCACUCUCAAGUUUAGAGAUGCACUGAUCGAGAGUAGAUUCCACGAGUUUUACGCCAAAGAAUCCACUCUAGAGUUGGGUGUCGUAUUCUCGACCGUCAUUACCAGCAUCUACUAUGUCAUCCAAGAUAUCCACUAUUGCAAGCCCGGAACCUUACCCUUUUAUAUUGCAUUACGUUUCGCAGUCAUCAUUCCACUCACUUGCAGUUUGUUGUACGUGUCUGUACUGAGAAAGAAAACUCCAUUCAAGGCCGACUUUAUUGCACUCAUCAUAUUGAUCAUUUUAGAGAUUGUCCAAGUAGCCAUGUACACACAGACCAACAGUUUGUAUGGUUCAUUCUACUACUUUGGUGGUGUCAUGCGUGUUUUGACACUUGGAUCGGCCCAACUCUUCUUCCUAUUCUUUGCCGUCUUGCUGCCAUUUAGUUUUAUCAUUGUGCCAUUUGCAUUGACCCUUUUCGCACCGUCGUCCAGUAUCAACUACCUCCUUUUCCUCAUCAUCUUUGCCAUCGUUGUCGCCAGUUUCAAUUAUCUCCGUGAACAAAAUCAACGUCUCCGUUUUUUGGUCAAGUAUCUUGCCACUGAAGCUUUGGAAUAUGAAUCUGAUAGACUCAAAGCAUUGGAAGUAAAGAAUCAAAACAAAGAUCAAACCAGUGGACAAGAAAAACAACAACAAGAACAACAAGAACAAUCAUCUGCAGUGGAACUUGAAACGAUUGUUGUUUCUUCGGAACCAAAUACAGUAGCAGAACAAGAGAAAAAGGAUGUACCAUUGAAUACAUCAGUUAUCAUUUCAGAAAGUGACAACUCAACUAGUAGUAGCGCCAACUCAACUCCAAGAAGAAAAAAUAUUUUGAGAAAAGAAUCAUUAAUGAACAAUAGUCAAAAUAGUAUUAGCAGUAGUAGAAGUAGUAGUAGUUGUUCUGAUGACAAUAACUCUACCUCUAGUCAAUCAUAA